AUGAUCCUCCUCUCCCUCAAAGUCCUCCUCACGACCCUCGCUCUCGUCACACUAGUCCCAUUCACAAUCAUACCCCUGGCACCAGACACAGUUGUCCCAUUCAUCCCCCUCUCCAAAACCACCGUCCCAUUAACAACCCUCUCAAAAAGCGGCGGUCCCGUCCCAUUCAUCCCACAACCCCUCUCCACACACUUACUAAGCGUAUGAAUAUACCUAAUCCCCCCCCUUCAACACGAAACAAAUGACUAUCCGGCAUCGCUUCCAUAACAUGACUCCUAUCCAGCCCCGGAAACCCAAGAUAAAUAUCCACCGCCCCCAUCUCCUCAUCAACAACAUACCUCCUCUCGCUAACCUUCGUACUAGACGGUAGACCCAGCGAACACGUAUUCCCCGUCAAAUUCGGCGAGCGCGAGGUAUACAUCCCACCUUCCAACCUUGCGCAGAGGGAUGAGAAAGGGAUCGAGAUGUUGGAAUUGGAAAAGCGGUCGAAAUUCGCAUCACCCGUGGCUUUGAUCACACCGCGAGAAUCUCGUCGCGAUGCAGGAAUGGGCGUCCAGUCCUCGAACGAGGACCAAUACAAAUACCCCCCCGCAUCAAGCGCCCAAUCCCCCUUCUCAGUAACGAUACUCUCGAUCCUCCUCGCCGUCCCAUUGGGAGCGAAGAGCAUGCGUGUCCCAAUCACGUACUGGUGCGUGCUGCUGGCGACGAUGAGUUCUGUGAAGGUCCCGCAUAGGACGGGGUCGUGGAGGGAGCGGUAG